AUAAGGUUUUCUGUGGAGAUAAGUGAACCUUCAAGAGGUUACAUUCUGGAGGUGUUUGAUGUACACUUUGUUUUGCCUCAUCGUGGACCAACAGGUAUAAUUAAGUGAAAAUCACUUUCCCUAAGUUCGCGGAAAGAAACUUUAUAAAGGAAAAGUCAUGCAUGAACCAGUGCAGCCCACCUCGGCCCCACUGAUGACCAGUUCAAAACGCUUUGUCUAUGUAAAAUUUCGUCUGGAUAAAAAAUAAUGGAGUUAGCCAUGAGCAUCUUAGAGGAUACUCUAUAUGCUUUGUCACUAUGUACCUGUAUCAGCUGUGUAUUUACAUCUACCUGUAUCCAUGUUAUUGGCAUUCACACUCUGAACAGAGCUUAGUUUAUUUGUUUAAUUUAGGACAAUACUAUUGCAUUAUUUUGUUGAAGUAUUUCACUUUUGCAAACACCAAAAAGGGCUUGUCUGCUACAUGAAUUAGAUCCAGAUUUUCAACUUAAAUUCAGGUGCUAAUGGACUCGCAAACCCCCGGGACUUCCUAACACCUGUAGCAUGGUUUGAAGACAGAGACGUGCCCUCUGGUUUCCCAGUUAUCAGCAAAUUCCAGGGAAAACUCUUCAAAGCCAUUCAGGUUUGAUUUAGAAGUACUAGUGGCUGAACUUCUUUGUAAUGCUGGUAAGAACAUUCCAUUAGACCAAUUUCAAUAUAUUAAAAUUUACACUUAGCUCUGAGGCUUGGGGGAAUAAAACAAUAGAAAUCAUCUUGAGCUUCAGCAAUGAAUAAUAUAUUUUGUUUCAUUCCCCCAAGCCUCAUGGCCAAGCUUUGUACAUGUAUGAAUUUUAAUAUAUCGAAAUUGGUUUAUUAGAGGCCCUAAGGGAUGUCAAAGGAAAUUGGUAAUCAACCUAGGUUAAAAAAACUUAACCUGAAAUCAAAUUUGACCUGUAACAUAUAUAAUGGUUUCUAUCUGGAGGUAUUGAGUACAGUUUUGGGAAUUGCUCAUCGAAAGUAAAGGCCUUCUGAAAAUUUUGAAGGUAUACAUGAGCCAUGAGGCCCACAUGGCCAUAGCUUACCCUGGUUUCUGUGGCAUGAAGGACUAAAGAGUAAAAUUUCAACUCCUCCCUGGAGAUGAUGCUAGUAUUCACUGCAUGGAUAACUCCCAGCACAAAGUUGUUAGCACUCAUUUAAUCUCCUAGAUAAAAGAAAAAGUGGAGCAAAGUUACUUCUUGUCUAAGGAAAUGAUGUGACAGCAAGGCUUGAACCAAGACCUACAUAUUCAGAGCUCAAGGUGUUAACCUCUUGACCACCACACUUCCUGAUAAAAUUGUGUUAAUUCAAAACCCAAACAACACAUCUAUAAAUGCAUAGCUUCUGUUUGAAAUGACUCACACAUCGCAUUAUUGUCCUGCUCCUCACUCCACCACCCAUUUUUCAUUUCUUCUGUUAUUGUUACUUUAUCAAAUACCGUGAAACCUCUAUUACCGUAUUUAUUCGAUUAACCGCCCUGAGCACUUAUUAAAUUUUUGGACUUUGAAAAUGGGCGCUUAUUUGAGGUGGGCGCUUAUUCGAGGCUGCGCGCUAAUUAAAUUUUCACCAUUUUCAGCUAGUAAAGUAUGUUUAUUUUGCAACAAAACAAGGUUUCUGUGAAAUACUCUGAAGAAAACUCCGUCCUCGGGAAGUUGCUUAUUAGAAUUUAUUCACUCAAGUGGGUGGGGUGGAGGUGAGCGCUUAUUUGAGUUUGAUUGGGAGGAGGAGGGGGUGGGCUUCUUAUUCGAGGCUGGGUGCUUAUUAACUUUUUCUGCCUUUAGGAUGGGCGCUUAUUCGAGGUGGGCGCUAAUUCGAGGUUGGGCGCUUAUUCGAAUAAAUACGGUAAGCGCACCCCCAAUUAAGCGGACUCCCUCUAUUAAGCAUAACAAACAUUGCGCAAGUUUUACAACCUCUAUUAAGUGGACACCCUCUAUUAAGCACACACUUGGGAACGUCCCAAACGUGUCCGCUUAAUAGAAGUUUCACUGCAUUAUUAUUAUUUUGCCCUCUAUUCAUUCAUGCUUCUUUUGCAUGACUUGUUUGUUUCUUUAGGGUCAUUCCCCUUUUCAUGUUGUGGCUUGGCAUGGUAACUAUUCUCCUUACAAGUACAACCUAAGCUGCUUUAAUGUCAUCAACACAGUUUCAUUUGACCACUGUGUGAGUAUACAUGUAGAUGCUGGGUGUUCUAGCUCUUUAGUGUGGAAGAUAUCUGACCAUGAAUCUAAACCAGUGUCAUAGAAUGCUCCUCCAUACAGGGUCUAAUACUUGUCGACCAGUAGUACACAAUUUUACCAGUAAUACGCCUCCAUGUACUUUGAUUUGUAACAAAAGGACACCAAAGUAAUUGCGUGCGACAAGAGGAGCCCGCAAUCCUAAUCUCCAGGCUGUUAUUAUACAUGAGUCGCAUGUAUGUAAUCAGCAUUUGUUUCGACUUCCACUAAGAAUGAAUGGAUGCACAAAACACAAUUUGAUCACGCGCAUUUCAGCCUUCCAUCCCUUGUUAUCUAAUCACGCAUAUUUUGACCAUCUGUUAAGUGAAACUUAUGCAAAGCACAGCAUUGGAGCAAAAGCGUUUGGACCUUUCAUCGUUGUCAACCGCUUCCCCUAACCCUGGUUAUUACUAGUAUUACUUUUAAUUUCAGCCCUUACUUUAUACUGGCGAAUUCAUUUUGUAGUAAAGAAUCCGAGAGUCUUCUUGUGCCUUGGUUGUUCAUAGAAAUAGAUUUUGCAUCUUGAUCCAGACUAACACAUCUGGGUUUGAGAAAGAUUUUUAUAGACUUGGUGAAUAACUCAUGGUAAGCUAGGCCUUUAAGUAGGUUUACAGCUGUUGUGUCUUGUGCAGACUGCUAGGACUAGCAGUCAAACUAAAUAUAUCCUGUUUAACUGGGCGAAGAAAAUGAUGAAAAAAGAUGUUAUAUUUGGGUAGUCAUCUGGAUGUGUGAUGUCCUGACAUGACUACAAACCCUAUAGUUGCCGUCAUACAUGUAUAGCAUGUAUACCCCAUACACCACACACCUAGUUAUUAAUAUAUAGAUUUAGCCACGGCUAAAAGCGAAGCUCCCAUUGAUAAAUUUACAAUUUAAAUCAAAGAAUAAACUUGUAUUCCACAAAUCAGUUGACUUAAGGGCACACUCAUGUGACGUUUGUGGGAAAAGCUAAGUGAUUUUGGAGUAAAACAAAUCUUGCAUCGAGUUGAUAUAGCCUUAUAUGUACACCCAAAAAAUAGUCUUCGUUCACAUUUAAAAGAAAUAAUGGCUCUUGAUCACAGUAGAUAAGGCGUGGAAACAAAUCAGGCCGAAUUUUUUGCAUUCGACAAUAUUACUUUACAUAUUCUUGCCAAUAAAUCUGGGUGCGUGCAAACCAACCUUUCGUUUUUUUUUAAUACACCACAUCUGAGGAGAAAGAGUACUAUGAGGCGCUGUUUUUAUCAUACAGACCUCUACAAAAUGCAGUAUUUCACAAUUUUUCAAGACAAAUUGCAUUCAUUCAAUAUUCAAGACCAUCGAAGCAAGCGUGGACUUUUAGUGAAACAGUACAAAAAAUUUCCAAAGUCACCUAUACGGCCAGCCGGUUCUAACUUUUGACGAGCGCCAAAUUUGCGAAGAAAUUUUAAAAGAGUUACGCUUCAACGUGAUAGAGAAUUUACUGAGUUCUAUUUUUUAAUAAUGGUUUUAUAACGAUGUGUAAUCUUCAAAACUGUUUGAUACGCUCGGCAUUUUGAGACUCCUGCAAGCGAUGUUAAUGAACGGCUGAAAACAAAGGCAAAAGCGAUGAAAAUUGCAUUUUUGAGACUACCAACAAUCAAUAAAGAAAUAUAAUUCGGUAGAACAUUUACACAGACAACAAUUUUCAUUCACGAAAACAAAUGAGUAUUUAGGUUUCUCUAAGAAUCCUCAAGUCUUUUAUAAGCUUAAAGAUUAAGUUUAUAAUGUUUUAAGCCGCCGGUUUCCCGGUGUUUGCUGUUUUCAAAGAUGAAAUCGCGACAAGAAAAUCGCUCUAAGCUUUCUCUCUACAGCCAAUUAACACUAAAUAUUCUUCGGAAAGUUUUUUCUUUCUAUUUACGGUGAAUUUAUAUCGACCAAAGGCUUUUUAAAGUUCUGUAAUCUUAUAUCAAACCUCAUGCUAGGUCAGAUCAGUGUCGUAGUCAAAUCUUAAUAUAAACGUGCAUGAACUAGCUUCAUAAACUGCGCUCGACUUCAUAAAAUUAGAUAUAAAUACAAUAAUUACUCAGGCUUACCAUAUUUCGAGAUGCAGCUCCUGAAAGCCAUCAAGUAGGGCAAGGAUCGCUUGAGCCUUUAUAAUUCUCGCACGCAUCCCAUCCAGCAAGGUGAAAAACAAAAACGAUGCCAUCCGAAAUCGGAUAAUGGGCUUUGACAAGCGACGCAUUUCUCAAACAAAAACCCAAUAAACAAGAGAAGACUCUUGAUGGCAGCUGUAUUUCAUUUUGUUCAUUCAGUGGAAAAAGACAGUUAAAAACAUCAGAAGUUGACUCAAAACUCUGUCAGCUUCAGCUGUCAAAGUAAACAACUUUCAAGAUAUGCUGCAUAAAUUUUACGCAUGAACUCACCUGUCAAAUUUUAACCAAUUAGAGCAUAAAAAUUGGACGUGGAGCGUGACCAACACAUGACCAUGGUAAGAAAAGGUCUUCCCCGCCUGUAUUUCAAAAAAAGCUGGCUGAAUUUUUUGCGUCUGAGGUCAGUUUGAAAUCAAAACCGUAAUAGUGCUGAGCGAUAGUGACAUAAACACAACAUAUCUGAUACGAAUUUAAAAAAAACUGAGCCUGCGAUCAUUUGAAAACGAGUGAAUUGUCAGCGGAUAACUUCAAAAAAUACACUCGUCCUUGAUGGUUCGAUACCUGAGCCCGCGAUACGGUCAGGUGAUACUGGUCAGCAGAUACCCUGUUUUGACAGCUGUCAAUUGACCACAACAUUGAUGUGCAAUCAGCUUUCUCCUGGGCUCCCAAAGUAGCUAGAAAGUGUGAGAGUAAACAUUGAUAUGCCUGUGGUGCGGACGGUCGGUUGGUCGAUCGGUCGGUCGGUCGGUCACGUGAUUACCAAAUUUUCUGGGAUGGGUACAUUUAUUUACCCAUGGUGCUCCGCUGGCGCGCUUUGCGCGCGGAGCUCCGCUAUAAUUAUUUAUUUCUCAUGCUUUAUUCGCAAGCUGGAUUGAAGAAAGUAGCUGAGUUCCCAAUGAUGGGACACAAACCUGUGACCUGUCUACACCAGAUCAUUGCUGUGACAAAAUCUCUUUAUUCUUGGUAGGACCCAUCAAUAUUCACUGUAUUGACUUGUCCCAGUUUAAAGCCUGGAGUUGCUAUAGCAGAUUUUAUUAUAUUUCCACCAAGAUGGAGUGUUGCUGAGAACACUUUCAGGCCACCUUACUAUCACAGUAAGUGACGUUUUGAAGGUUAUAAUUACAGUGAGAGUGACUCAGACUUCUGCUGGACCUGACCAAAAUUACAAAUGGGUCGGAAAAUUUGGCUAUGUAGUGUAGCAGUGGCGUCUUUUAACAACAUCCUGUGGCCUCUCCACCUUACUUUUGCGCUUAGAUGACUAGGAAGUCUUAGUUUUUCGUAAGAAAUCCUUUGCUGGGUACCCUGGAUUUCACAGGUUCAGAGCACUGGGCUUCCUUUCAAUUUUUCUUAAAGCACAGCCGUGUGUAGAAUGGAUGUAGCUUGCUUCAUGUGCUUCCUUCGCAAAUCAACGAGUAUGCAUGUGUCAAAUGGGUAAUAUCUUUGACUGUUUUGAUAUCACAGGCAUUUCAGGGAUCGGAUAUACAACUGUAGAUCGUAGAGCAGUAAUUCCUCUCAUCGAAGUUUGUGAAAGAAACUACUUUACUUGGGAAAACAAGAAUAGCAAAUAAAUUCAAGUCUCAUCAAGGCUGUAGGUUGUUUGGCACAUCCCAUUCCCUGGAAUACAAGUGCAGGGGCAGUAGACAACUGCAGUAGAAAAUGGAUCACUAAGAAUAAUACGAGGAGAUGCAAUGUGAAGGAAGCCUAUGAAAGCAAAAUACAAUGUAUGGUCCGAGCAAGAGUAGUGUCUACCUCCUCACCUUAAAGGAAAAACAUUUUAAAUUAUAAUAACAUAAAUAGGAAAAUGUUGAGGUACCCUUAGCAAGAAAUGUGUCCUUCCCAGCGUAAAAGAAAAUGUUUAAGAGAUUGAACUUAAAGCGCCAUGUCUCUCAACCUUUACUUUUAAUUUAUGAACAGGAAACUGUAUGAGUGAAUUCAUGGGAUUGAUUUAUGGAAAAUACGAAGCCAAAGUUAUUACCUAGUAUUUAUUAUAUUCCAAUUAUUUAUCUGCAGUUUGAAGGUUUUUGUUUUCGUUUUUGCUUUUUGUUAAAGAGCGAGCCACACCCUGCGUCUGAUCUCAGCUAAAUUUUUCGCUUUUUUAAUUUUUGAGGGUGGUUUCAACUGGCUUACAUGUAAUUGGUCAAAUCAAGGUGAGAAAUUCCGAAGUUGAAUUUUUGGGGAGUACAUCAAAGUGUAAAAAAAGAACAAAAAAAAAUCGUUGUUUACGUCUUCUACAAUUUGUCCCAUUGGAACGUUUCACGUUGUAAUCGAGCAGCGAGAAAUGUACAAGAAAAGCACGAUGCACGUGCAAAGUUGUUCUUUUAGUUAUCAAACCUAUUGCCUCUUUGAUGUCCCCAUUGCCAUUGGCGUUGUGGGUGCUUUAAAUCCCUGGUAUUUGUCUGAAACUAUAACAUUCACGGUUUUUUCUUGUCAUGAUAGGAAGAAGGAUUUUCCCAGGGGGUGGUAGUCUGCAUAGCAUGAUGACUCCUCAUGGACCAGACAAGGAUUGUUUUGAGAAGGCGCAAGUGCAGAGCUGAGACCCCAGCGAGUGGCAGAUGGAACUAUGGUAUGCAUAACAUAAACAGUGCAGAAGAUAAUGUCUAGCCUGGCAUUUUUAUCAUUACAUAGUGCACCAUGAUUUGUUAAAUAGAUUGUACAUCAAUGUUUGCCAUGAUGAUAUGGCUCAUGUGUAUCAGGUGCCCAUUAAGGUUUUUCUAAGGCAAUGAAAUGUUAGUCGUUGCCAUUUGCAGCGCUUGGAAUAGUUUUGCGGCUGGCCUAUUUUGGCUCAGACACAACCCGUUUUUGGCCAGACAAAUAUUUAUUACGUCAUAUCUCAAAAAAUUAAAUUUUCCAUUAGAAGCGUAAUGUCCGGUCAUCUAGGGAAUUGACCCGUCAAAGCAUACUACAUGUAUUGACCGGGUAUUUUACGUUGACCAGCCGUUAUGUCAAGUUCUCCAUUUGUGCAGAGUUAGGGAUUUCAGAGACAGUAAAUGUAUUGGCCAGUGCCUGGGACAGCUGUUGGCCCGAAGUGUUCUGUUUCGAUAGAGAGAGUAGAUUUUAAAUGUUGUGGUUCAUUUUUAUCCUUGGGGGUUUAAAUUUCCUUUUCCUAUGUCUCAAAAGCAUUUUCAUACAUUACCUUACACACAAAAAGAAAGGAAAAUUAAACUUAAACCAAGAAUAAAACUGAACCUCAACAUAUGUCUGACAGGAUCUGCAAAAAGUUACCUACUUGUUUUGCACAGCUAUGGCUCCGACAAACCUGAAAAUCACGCCAAAGCAGAAAACAGAAAGGGAAAGGAGAAGGAGAGAAUAGAAGAAAAGGAGAAAAAAGUAACAAUGGUUGUACUUUUGGCUUUUAUUGCGGUUACCUUGGAGACAGACUGAUAAAGAAUUAUCCUCCCACCCAGGCGUUUUAGCGGAGGGACAGGUUAUUUCAGAUAAAGCACGUAGAUAAAGCACUGGUUAAUAAAAGCGGCCAUCUAGUAUGGCCAGAAUUUUAAUCCCAAAGGGUUGUUGCUACUUUAUAUGCCCUCUAGCAAACUAAGCUUGGCUGUUGACAUUAAGUGUACUUGGAGUUGCUAUUAUUGUACCUUAUUCGUGAAAGGGGACAUAAAGAUUUGGUUAUGUGGCUCUUUGGCUUACCUUGAUCGUUUUAACAUCUAUUAUCAUUUCUUAGGCUAUUUUUACAUUAUACCGGAUAGCUAUAAUACUAUGAACACCUAUCCAAUAUGUGACUCACCACAUAAGAGAUGGGCGCGGCGCAGCUUCGCUCCGUUACAGAAAUGGCGCCUAAAUCACCAUUUCGUAUGUUUGAACAGAAGUCCUUUAUGGUAUGGUUUUCGUGCCCGCGCAAAAGCUAUCUGGUAUCGUGAAAACAUAGCCUAAGUUGGUUUUAGAAUUUCUCUAUUCAUUUUUUUUUUCUCGUUGUAGGCAUUCAUGUUUGAAAGCAGUCUCAGUAUGGCCAUCCCAAAAUGGGGAAAUGAGACGUGUCAGAAAGUGGACCAUGAUUACUACAAAGUAUGGGAGCCGUUAGAGAAACACUUCGAUCCAAACUGGAAACCAGAUGAGGAAAAGAAAGAAAGCUAG